AUGUCUUCGAAGACUGAGAUGAGGGACAUGGAGGCCAUGGGAUUGUCCGGGACACGGGGUCUAUCGGACUCCGGGGAUUCGCAACUCCUGGCCAAAAUGGGCUACAAACAGGAACUCAAGAGGCAAUACUCGACACCGCAGGUAUUUGCGGUCGCGUUUAGUAUAAUGGGAUUGGUUCCUUCAAUCGCAUCAACCUUGGCAUUUUCGCUACCAGCAGGACCUGUCGGUAUGGUUUGGGGGUGGUUCACAGCAAGUAUUUUCAUUCUUCUGGUUGGACUGGCAAUGGCUGAUCUUGCAUCUGCGAUGCCAACCGCUGGAGGUCUAUACUGGUGGACCCAUUAUUUUGCGGGCGGGAAAUACAAGAACCCGCUGAGCUUUUUGAUCGGUUACAGCAACACGCUCGGACUCAUCGGUGGAAUCUGUUCGGUGGAUUAUACACUUGCGCUCAUGAUACUUUCCUGCAUCUCCAUAUCCCGCGAUGAUGGAUGGUCCGCGUCGCGAGGCGUGAUUUACGCUGUCUACGUGGGUCUGAUUCUGUUGCAUGGGAUCUGCGCUGCGCUAUCUGGUCGCGUGAUGCCCAAGAUCCAGACUGCUUGCAUUUAUAUCAACAUCUCACUCGUCAUCGCGACCGUGAUUGCUCUACCGGUUGGCAAGGUCACACGUGGCGAGGCGCUGAAUCCCGGAAGCUAUGUUUUUCAACACGUUGACAAUGAGACCGGAUGGCCUACCGGGUGGGCUUUCAUGCUUGCAUGGCUUGCGCCCAUCUGGUCUAUCGCUUCCUUUGAUUCAUGUGUGCAUAUGAGCGAAGAGGCGAUGCAUGCAGCCAAAGCCGUGCCUCUGGGGAUAAUUUGGUCGGCCGGCUCUGCAUGUGUACUUGGCUUUCUCACAUUGUCUGUCAUGGCUGCGACAAUGGAUCCGAAUAUCUACUACGAUGCUCUGGGCAGGAAUGGCGCCUUGGGCUUCAUGAUUGUACUCUGUUUGAUCCAAUUCCUCAUUGGACUCAGCUUGAUUGUCGCUGCUUCUCGCCAGGCAUGGGCAUUCUCACGAGAUGGCGCCCUGCCAUUUUCGACCUUCUUUCGCCACAUCAGCAAACGCAUUCAGUACCAGCCCGUACGAAUUAUUUGUGGAUUGGGAGUGAUGUGCCUCAUCCUGGGCCUUCUAUGCCUGAUCAACAAUGCCGCAACAAACGCCUUAUUCUCCCUCUUCGUCGCAAGCAAUUACUUAUCGUGGGGAACUCCAAUCUUCUGUCGUCUUGUCUGGGGCCAAGAGCGGUUUUAUCCAGGCGAGUUUUACACCGGUCGGCUAAGCAAGCCUAUUGCGUGGAUUGCAGUUGGCUACCUCUUAUUCGGUGUUGUGCUUUCCAUGUUUCCAAACGGUGGUCCCAAUCCUUCACCGGCGGAUAUGAAUUACACAAUUGUGAUAAAUGGAUUUGUUUGGGUUGGGUGCAUGGUUUACUAUUUCUUGUUUGCACGACACUGGUUCACUGGCCCGCGCAUGACAGUCGAUGAUAACAGCUCUGAAAAUACGGGAAAUGACGCGUACAAUUCUGUUGUCUCAAGCGGAGGGCCAACACUUGCGAAGGAAGAUUUUCGUCGGAUUCCCGCCAUCGAACUGUUGAAUAUGAGCCAAGAGCAUGAAUCGCCCGGUGAGAUAGAAGACACCGACAGCUUCGAACUCACCCAACCACCCGAAGAGAGCGGGCCGCUCCAACGAGCGGCGACCGACAACCCACGAAAUGUGCAAUGGAAGCCAUCGUCGAGAACUGUGGAGGAGACACUCGCAGAUGGUCUUUCGAAUGAAGAUCUUUGGAUGUUGAUUCGGCGAUUCAAUAAGCAAAUCUAUCAUGUGAAAGCUGUACCGGGCGCGAAUCUGGAUCUGGAUCUCAAUCGGGCGCAAAAUGAAGUGUAUCCUCCAGAAAAGCUUCGAAUGACACUUGAACGUUUUUAUAUCUCUGUGGUUGUCGGGUUGAUUGAAUUCUUUCGACAUGUUGGGAGAUUGCGGUCGUGGAAAGAGCCCGUCCGCACUGCGGUCUUUUGCGGUAUCUACUUCGCAUCCUGGGCAGCAGAUCUCCUCAUUCCGAUGACGAUGAGCCUAUUCAUUGCCUUGAUCAUGUUUCCUCCCGUUCGGCCGUUUUUAUUCCCCGCUCCUCCAGUGCAGCCGCCAACAGACGAUUCAACUUCAAGCACGUCGGCAAAUGAACAACAGGAAUCUCAAGACAGCUUGACGGGUGUACCGGAGAAUCAUAAGGGAGAAACUGCAGAGCAAGAAGCCAAAGUGUUGCUCGAUAGUUUUGCGACCAUGGCUGUCGAGGGUGCUGCGGGGAAAUUCGGAUAUCCUCUUGAUGAAGAUACCGCGGAGAAUUCUACUGCAGUUAUUGCAGCACCACCUGUCGAUACCACGCCCGAGACACCUGAAGUGGCCGCGGAGAAAUCUGCAGAGGAACAAACCAAAAAACCCAUGAAGAAGAAGGUCUCACAAGGAAUGGAUCAGGCCAUGCGAGUGGUCAGCGAUAUCACCGAUAUCUAUGAAAGAUUUGCCAAUAUUCUUUCUCCUACUCCGCCAUUCUAUCUCAUUUCACCACGCCUCCGCAUAUCGGGCAUCUUGAGCAUCGUGUGUCUCGUCGCGCCAUUUGCAUCCAGUUACUGGAUCAUCAAACUUGUCGGGUUCACUCUAGGAUUCGCUUUCUUCGGAGCGCCUGCCUUAACCUACACGACAGACCUUUUGAACCGCAAAUACCCCGAGUGGCAAGAGCAGCUCGAUAUCAACAUGACACUUCUGAAAGGUGUGCCCACUAACGCCCAACUAACUUUAACACUCCUCCGAAUCGGUGAAAUCAACUCAUCACCUCUUCCACCACCACCAACAACCGAGGAUAGCGAGCCCGCAUGGCCAAUCAAGCGCAAGAAGUCCAAGGCAGUGACCAUUCCUCAAUCAGGCGAUCUUGCUAGCAUAUCAAACGAUUCAAGCACCAACCUGUCAUCCGACAGUCUCGCAGCACCAAAGCCUAAAAAACGAACCUUCUUCAAAAUCCUGAAGUUUUUCCGCCGCACAAUCGCAACCGCAAUCCGAGGCCACAUCGCCUUCGACCGGGCAAUGGCAAUUGCAGGGUCGGCACAUACAAAGAACCUCCUAGGCAUGCUUCAAAACCACCGCUUCUCUGGCACACCAUACGGGCCAUUGAAAUUUGACGCGAAGUUCGAGCGGAAGCGCGGGGCAGCCGUCAUCGAUUCCACCAAGGAACCACCUAUCUUAUACUUCACGACGUACCAAUCAGCCGGAUUGGAGGAUCUGAGCAUUGAGGCGCGGAAGAAGGGGUCUGUUCUGUUUCAGAUUCCGGUCACUGAGAUCCAGGAACUGCGGAAGACGGAGGGAUUGGGGUGGAAGGGGAAGCUGAUUGUUGAAUUGACGGCCGGUAGUAAAGAGGCUGCUGAUGGACUGGUCGUUGUUGGCAAUGAGAUCGGGCAGACAUUCCAUCUUACGGGGAUGAGGUCUCGGAAUCAGUUGUUCAAUCGAUUAGUUGCGAUUGAUGCGCAGUUUUGGGAGAGUCGGUGA